UGUAGCUCGUCUUAAUAACGCCAAUGUAUUAUACAAUAAUGCAAGGUGUAUUUUUAAAAGUGCCUUGUCAUCAGUACUGGUUGGGAUAAAUGUCUUACGCCAAUAGGCUGAUACUUUUUCUUGAGUGGAUGGAAUCGGAGGAAAAAUAAUUGCAUCUCUUGAAGAUGAUGACACUUUUGUUCCUGAUACAUUUGGAGAAGAAGUAUUAUAUACCUCAGUGAACAGGUGAACAAUUCCACAUGGCUUUCAGCUACCGUGUUUCAGAACUUUUCAACAUUACAGAUGCACGUUACAUUAGAGGCCAGUCUGCAGUGAUUCUUAUGACGGUUGCCUUAGUGAUAGUUUUGACGAAAAUACCACACAUCUCAGGGAGCGAACACGAACACAGGGUUCGGGAUGCGAGCGGAGAGACGUUGAUGGAGGUGUGGCACACGGACUGUCACCGCGUGUGUCGUCACGACCUCAUCGAGCACGUCGACGUCGCCUGCAGGUACGACCCCUACAGAAUCAUCGGCAAGCGGUCCGUGGACGCCGUUAUGGACCCGAGCAGUCAUUCUGAACAUCAAUCUCCAUCACAACAACCAACAAGAGCCCCUUCUCUGUUUGUUGCAAAAGACACGUCAGCCUCGUUUCUGAAGAGCUACAAACUGAAACGGCAGGCUCAUUCGGUUUACAAACGAUCUAUCAUGGACGAAUGCUGUGUAAGCAAGGCGUGCUCCUGGGAGGAAUUCGCAGAGUUCUGCCACGUGGGCAAUCGAAGGCCUGCCACACAUGUUACAAUAUGUUAUCCAUGACGUCACACGGGUUUUUUUUCGGGGGGGGGGGGGGUCGGUUUUUUUUUUUUCCAGCCUUGACUUAAAGGCACAGUGCCACGAACAAUUAACCUACUAAACGGCCCAUCACAUUAUUACCUGAAAAUAUAAGUAAUUGGAUUUGAACCUCAAAACAGAAGAAAAAAAAUCAAUUAGCUACACAGUCGUCGAUAUUAUGCUAAAUUACGGCGACGUAGCUAUUAAUCGGAAGGAGAGAAAUCAAACCUGUUAUUUUGAGCACAGGCGUGCGAGGUAUUACAUUUGGAUUCAUGUGACGGGCAUUGCCAGUCAGUGUCGAAAGCAAGACAAUACUUAACACGUGUAAAACUCUGAUCAAAACGAUGACAUAAACUUUUCAAAACUAGAAAUUGCCCAAAAUAUGUAUACUGAAUGUCUUUUGUAGUAGAUCGAUGAAAAUGUGAUAGACGGUACAAUAACAGUAUUUGGUAUAAUACGUGAAUGCAAUUGUAUUUUAUAAUCAAUUAUUAGACAAAAUAACCUUUGUAAUCCGUGACACUUCGCCUUUAAAAAUGUAUUGAAAUUGAUCGCUGUUUCCUGUCCUGGACGAAGGAGCCGGCCUAGGCCGACACCUGCGCUCAUGACAGGCGUGCGCUACAACAGCUUGUUCUGAAUGUGCACGUUAAACCCUAUGGCCUGACCCGACCUGAUGGUUUAGUUUUUUUUUAUAGAAAGUAUGAUAAUGAAUUGUAGAUUGUGGACUUUUUAAAAGUCCGUUUUAAAGAAGUAUGAAAUAGCGAGAUGUAGAGUCUCCUACAUCCCACGACAGCUGUGUUUGGAUCGAGAAAGAAUAUAAAUACACACAUUAAACAGAUGGGUCCCUCAUAUUGAAGCCCCUGAAGUUAAUGCAAAAUUUGUAUUACGAAAGUGAAUUUGAGCGUGAUAUAUUUUAUUAAUGCCACUAUAACCACCAACACACGGGCCCCUAACAUACCGACCCAUAAAAAGAUUGCAUAUAGUUGUCUAAUCCUAAAAGAAAGAAAAAACGAAAGAAAAACUCUGUACGAUUAUAAAGUUGAGGAUAUUCUGUGUGUAUUCGUUUUGACGGAGUACUAUUACGCAUACAUUGUAAUUAGGCCAAGUAAAAAAA